UAAAAGUAUUAUUCAGUAAAAUUCCUCUGUUUUAUUUUAUUCACAGUUCUAUGUCCUCUAGUUUCUCCCAUUGUUUCAUGUAAGAAAUGUAAAUCUCAAGUUUGAGUAAUGUUGUUUAUCAGCUUUUCAGGUUUGUUUGUCUCCUAAGUUUUAUGUAUUUGUGUUAUGUGACUGGUUUUUUUUUCCUUAAGAUGACUUCGACUUUGAACGCUAGCAAUGGAGAUGUGAAGGCAGAGGCGAUAAUUUUUCAGCAGCCAGCAGCCGAGGGGUCUAAACCACAGGAUUUGGCCGCCAACCUCGAGUUUCAAGGUCGGUCCCGCAGCCAGCGUCGUAGACCUCCUCAUUCAAAGCGGAGGGCUUCCAGACAUUCAAAGCCGUUGCCCAAACCACAGCAUGUGUUAUAUCAAAACGAUGAGGAGAUGAUUAUCGCCCACGAGAAAUUUUUCCGUAUCCUCGAGGAAGCCCGUCCUGCGAUCCAAGAAAUGAUGCGUUCAGCUUUGAAUGCUAGCCAUGGAGAUGUGAAGCAGGCAGAGGUGGAGGCGAAGAUUCCGAAGCAGCCAGCAGCGAAGAUGGUGGUGGAGCCGAUAGCAUUCACGGUAUUCUUGAGUGACUCAGACGAGGAGGCGAUAGUUAUCGCCCACGAGAAAUAUAUACGCUUGCUCGAGGAAGCCGGUCGUGACAUCCAUGGAGAUGUGAAGGCAGAGGCCAACCUCGAGAUUCAAGGUCGGUACCGCAUCCAGCAGCGUAGACCUCCUCAUUCAAAGCGCAGGGCUUCCAGACAUUCAAAGCCGUGGUCUAAAUCACAGCAUGUGUUAUUUCAAAACAAUGAGGAAGCCGGUCCUGAGAUCCAUGAUAAUAAGAUGAGUUCAACUUUGAUUGCUACCUAUGAAGAUAUGUGAACGCGGAGGGGAUGAUUUUGCAGCAGCCGGCGAAGGCGUCGCCGACUUCGAAUAACUAAUGACUGAUCCCAAAAUUCAUCUAUUUAUUUCUAUCUAUUGACUUCCUGAUGCUAUCGAAUUAAUAUGAAUUAUUCGAUGAUGCUUCCUAAAAGUACCAUAUAAACAAGAAGCAAACUUGAUACCAUUAUAUGGGCGCCUUUAUUAUUUGAUUAACCACGAACUAGAGAUAUGUCUGGUGUGCGAGCGAGUCAACGACGGUAUCAUCCUUUUUUCAUUAAGGAUUUGGUUGGUGUAAUUCUUCAGUUAUACACCCACCAAACCGAGCACUUGAAUUAAGCAAAAAGGGUUUAUUUUCAAGCGUUCCGUAUAACUAACUAAUUAAGCAAGUCUACAAGAGAGGGAAAGAAUUUUUCAAUCAGGUUUGUUUAGUCUGAGAUAAUAAUUGGUAUUCGUUCCCUUUAUUUAACAUCCUCUGUGUAAAGAGUAGUAAAGUUUCGCUCUUUGGCUUUUA